GGUCUGCAGAAAGCAGGCAGGGUGAGAGGCAGCUGCAGCAGCCAGGAACCCCAAAGCCAUGGGGCGCGGAAGGGACGCCAUCCUGGAGGCACUGGAGAACCUGACUGCUGAUGAGCUCAAGAAGUUCAAAAUGAAGCUGCUAUCAGUGCCACUGCGUGAUGGCUAUGGGCGCAUCCCACGAGGAACACUGAUGUCCAUGGAUGCCAUGGACCUCACUGACAAGCUUGUUAGCUUCUAUCUGGAAGGAUAUGGCAGCGAGCUCACAGCUGCUGUGCUUCGUGACAUGGGCAUGCAGGAGAUGGCAGAGCACCUGCAGGAGACCAUGCCCAAGGGUCCUGGAUCAGCACCAGCUGGAAUCAAGGCCCCUCCUCAGGUGGCAGCCAAGCCAGCACACUUUGUGGACCAACACCGAGCAGCACUCAUCCUCCGGGUUACAGACGUCGAGGGGGUGCUAGAUGCCCUGUAUGGCAAGGUCCUGACCGAGGACCAAUACCAGGCAGUGCGGGCAGAGCCCACCAACCCAGCAAAGAUGAGGAAGCUCUUCAGCUUUGUUCCAGCCUGGAACCUGGCCUGCAAGGACCUGCUCCUUCAGGCCCUAAGGGACACCCAGCCCUACCUGGUGACCGACUUGGAACAGAGCUAAGGCAGUUUUCUCAGAAGUGGCUAUAUUCAACCCCUAGCAGCUCCAGCCGAGUCAUCUCAAGUUUCUUAAUUUUUGAUACACAAUUUACAGAAAACCAA